AAAUGAAAGAGAAGAAGAAGAAAACCGGAAAAGUGUGUGUGUUGUCAACGAGAAGCCGCAUGUGUUUGGAUGAAGAUCUGUGGGAUGCUUUAAAACAAACGUAACCUUUGUCCUGAAACGUUUCUGUCGGAAAGAUGACUGCCCAGGAGGUGCGCCUGUGUGGUCUCCUGCUGCAGGAGCACUUUGGAGAAAUGGUGGAGAAAGUGGGAACACAUCUGCUAAAAAGUGGAGCACAGAAUUUGAGAAUGAUCCUUCAUGAGACCGGCAUCUCAUUGGACCUGCUGAAGAAGUCCCUGUGUGUGCUGGUGCAGCACGGGGCCUGUGUUUUCAGCUCAGGCCGUAAAGGGCCUGGGAGCCCUACAGAGUAUCGGACCAGCUGUGACCGGAUUCUGAGAAUUCUGCGAUACCCGCGCUACAUCUACACUGCGAAAACCCUGUAUGGGGACACUGGAGAGCUAAUCAUAGAGGAGCUACUACAGAGAGGUCACAUGACCAUGAGCAGCACGGUUAAAACCGUCGCUGACCGCCUAACACAGAACAUGGAGGAUGGUCGCAGCAUGGAUUACAAUGACGUUUCUAAUUCAUUCUCCAAUCUGGUGGAGACCCAUUUCCUUCAGCGAUGCCCUCCACCGCCCAGAGCAGGGCCAAAAGAGAGCGCCACUCCAGCCCCCCCACCAGUCCCUGGUACUCCUACUCCCCCCAUCAGCACCUCCCUGCCCACAGCGGAGAGCUUCCCCGACUGCUACAAAGUGCCUCACGUGACACUCAUAGGGAGAGGCAAACGCCCACUCUCCAGUGAGGAUGUAGAUGACCAAAGAAAUGCAAAGAAAGCUAAGAUGGAUUCAGAGACACAUGGUGAUGAGGGGAUUUGCUGGCAGGUGAAUUUUGAGAGGUUUCAUCUCCACUUCAGAGACCAGGCCAUCAUCAGCGCUGUAGCCAACAAACUGGACCAGACUAGCAGUGAGAUAGUGCGGACUAUGCUGAGGAUGAGUGAGGUGACGACCUCGCCCUCAGCCACCUGCACAAAGCCCCUCUCAGCCAAUGAGAUCUUCAGGUCGCUGCCCACCAACUACAACAUCGCCAGGCCCAUCUUAGACCAGUACCUCACUCUACUGGUUGAUGACCCGAUGGAGUUUGUUGGGAAGGCUGGUGAAAGUGGAGGAGGGAUGUAUGUUGUCAAUAUGCACAGAGCGCUGGCCAAUCUGGCGCGAGCCACGCUUGAGUCUGUCGUUCAGGAGAGAUUUGGCUCCCGAUCAGCCCGCAUCUUCCGCUUGUUGCUAAGGAAACGUCACCUGGAGCAGAAGCAGGUGGAGGAUUUUGCUAUGAUUCCAGCCAAAGAGGCUAAAGACAUGCUCUACUCGCUGCUCUCACAGAACCUAGUCCAACUACAGGAAGUCCCAAAGACUCCUGACUACGCUCCCUCUCGUACCUUCUAUCUUUACACCGUCAACCAACUCCCCACUGCGAGAAUGCUGCUUCAGAACUGCUACAAGACAGUUGCCAACCUCAUAGAGCGCCGCCUGUAUGAGUCCAAAGAGAGCAAGCGUCUGCUGGAGAAAUCCCAGCGAAUCGAAGCCAUCCUGGCCUCUCUGCAGGCCAGCGGGGCGGAGCCUGAGCAGCUGACGGAGGUGGAGGAGAUGAUCACUGCUCCUGAAAAACAACAGCUGGAUGCCUUACGGCUUCAUAUCAACAAGUUAGACUCAGCAGAGAACCAGGUAGAUGAAACCAUCUUUCUUAUAGAGUCCUACGUCAACUCCACCACAACCACAAGUUGAGAGCAUUUCAACGUACGUUUGAAGAUUUCCCUCUUUACCUUUUGUGUAUGAAUGUUGUCAAGUAUGGCUGUUUUAUAGUUAAUAUGACUGGAUUGUUUCAGUUUGAAGUGCAGUCAAAUCUGAAUAGAUAACCUUUCUUGUUUUUAUUUCAUCCCUGAACAAAUGAAUAAACUGAAUACUUAUUUUUCAA